CCAUACUAUAGAUUUAAUGAUGUGAUGUACAGAUGGAUCUCACUGGAUAACUGGACUUACAGCAGGACAUUCAAACCUCCUUUUGACGUCCGAAAGUGGCAGAAAGUGAAUUUGGUUUUCGAGGGAGUAGAUACAGUAGCACAGAUUCUGAUCAACAAUAUCACUCUUGGGAGAACAGACAACAUGUUCAACAGAUAUAGCUUUGAUAUUACCAGCAUGAUCAAGGAGGUCAAUUUUAUCGAAGUCCGUUUCUUAUCAGCCGUUUCAUAUGCAGCAGAGCAGAGCAGAUGUCACAAAGCAUACAGCAUCCCCCCGGCGUGCCCUCCACCUGUGCAGAAAGGAGAGUGCCAUGCUAAUUUCAUCAGAAAGGAGCAGUGUUCAUUUAGUUGGGACUGGGGCCCUUCUUUUCCCACUCAAGGAAUCUGGAAAGAUGUUAGGAUUGAGACCUAUAACCAUUAUCACCUGAUUUACUUUUCUUUGACUUCUUUCUUUGUAAAGAGUGCUUGGCAGUGGAGUCUUGAAAUCGAGUCUAUUUUUGAUGUAGUCGGCUCCAAGCCAAUUGAAGGUCUUGUGACUGUGAACAUUCCCAAAUUGCAAACGCAGCAAACAUUCAGUGUGAAGCUUCAACCUGGAGAAGGCAGCAUUGUGCUGCUUGUAAACAUCAACAAGAGUUCUACAGUAGAGGCUUGGUGGCCAAAUGGACAUGGAAAACAAACUGGAUACAACAUGACAACAACUUUCAUCAUGGAGUCAGGAUACCAGAUUGAGAAAUUUUCAAAGGCCUAUUUUCGGACAGUAGAGCUUGUUCAGGAGCCUAUUCCUGGCUCACCAGGUCUGAGUUUCUACUUUAGAAUCAAUGGCCGACCCAUUUUCAUCAAGGGCUCGAACUGGAUUCCAGCAGAUUCUUUCCAGGACAGAGUGACCUAUGACACAUUAUGGUUACUCUUGAAGUCUGCAGCAGAUGCUAACAUGAAUGCACUUCGGGUUUGGGGAGGAGGAGUAUAUGAACAAGAUGAAUUUUAUGAUAUUUGCGAUGAACUAGGAAUAAUGAUUUGGCAGGAUUUUAUGUUUGCAUGUGCGCUAUAUCCAACUGACCAGAAUUAUUUAGAAUCUGUAAGAGCAGAAGUUUCUCAUCAGGUAAGGCGUUUAAAAUCCCAUCCAUCAAUUAUUCUGUGGAGUGGUAACAAUGAAAAUGAAGCAGCAAUUGCAAGCAACUGGUUCUCUAUACCUUAUGCUGACAGGGAAGUCUAUAUCAAAGACUACGUGAUGCUUUAUGUGAAGAACAUCCGAGAAAUAGUUCUUACUGAAGAUAAGAGUCGUCCUUUCAUUGCAUCCAGUCCUACCAAUGGCUUGGAGUCAGUUAAAGAAGGUUGGCUCUCCCAGAAUCCUUAUGAUACCCAUUAUGGUGACACUCACUUUUAUGACUACAGCAAUGACUGCUGGAACUGGACAGUGUAUCCUAAAACUCGUUUUGCUUCAGAAUAUGGAUUUCAAUCCUGGCCUUCCUUCAGUACAAUCGAAAAGGUUUCCUCCACUGAGGACUGGUCCUACACAAGCAAUUUUUCUCUCCAUCGACAACACCAUGAAAAUGGCAAUGAUCAGAUGCUUCAACAGAUUGGGCAUCAUUUCAAGCUUCCCCAGAGCACAGAUCCCAUAAAGAAGUUCAAAGAUAUGAUUUACCUCACCCAGGUGAUGCAGGCUCAAUGUGUAAAGACAGAAACUGAAUUCUAUCGUUUUAGUCAAAGUGAAAUAAUCAAGGGAGAAGGACACACAAUGGGAGCUCUGUACUGGCAACUCAAUGACAUUUGGCAGGCACCUUCAUGGGCUUCCUUGGAGUAUGGUGGUAAGUGGAAACUGCUCCAUUAUUUUGCCCAGAACUUCUUUGCACCACUGCUGCCUGUGGCCUAUGAAGACAAAGGUGUGUUGUACAUUUACGGUGUCUCAGAUCUUCAUGUGGACCACAAGCUGACUUUGAGGGUCGUUGUGCACGCCUGGAGUUCUUUGGAGCCAGUAUGCACCCUUGCCAAAGACAGUGUGACUGUUAAAGCACAAAGUGCUGUCCCCAUCUACAAGGAGUCCAUAAACGACUUGCUGGAAAGAUGCAGAAAUUGUACCAGGAAAAGCUGCAUUAUUACUUUCUGUCUUGUGGGAGAAGGUGGGCUCCAGAGUCCUACGAACCAUCACUUCCUUUCAUCUCUAAAGGAUGCAGUAGGAUUAGAAAACACCCAUCUUAGUGCCUCUGUAUCCCAACAAGAUGACAUUUAUGUAUUUGUUCUUCAGACCACUGCAAUUGCUCCUUUUGUUUCUCUGGAUGUAGGGAGUAUAAAAGGCAGAUUUAGCGAUAAUGGUUUCCUCAUGACCGAAAAGAAGAAAGUGGUUGUGUUUUAUCCUUGGGAACCUACCAGUGUUGAAGAUCUAGAAAAGUCACUAACCUUGACCUCUCUGGUGGACAUUGUCUAAGGAUACUUUGUUUCCUUCUAGAUAAGGAGUGAAACAGGAAGAGGAAAAAAUUAGAAGAAUUUGACUAAAGUUAAAGUGAUGUAC